AUGAAGGCCUUUCUCUGGAUUUGCGUCUUUCUCGGCGGGAGCUCUAGUGCACAGAGGGUUAGUCGAGACGAUUGGCGUGGUGACCAAUUAGGUAUUCGACCUCGUAUCGAACACAACCACCGAGCGAGCAGUUCAGCGAAAGCAGCGGUCUGUACAGAGUCAUGUCGGGAACAGCAUCCUCUCAAUGUGUCGACUCAGUGUACCAUUGACCAAAUCUUCACCUCCGACCUCACCAGAUGUGUGCAGAAAGAAUGCGAAACACUUCAAGAAGUCCUCGACUGGCAAACUUACUAUGCCUCCGUUUGUCACCUGAAAGCACGCGACACAGGGCGUAUUCAAGUCAUUUUCUCCUGGAUUUUGUUCGGAAUUGCUACUCUCUCUGCUAUCGGUCGAAUGCUGGCGCGGUCCCAACUGUUGAAAGGACCUGGAUUUUGGUGGGACGAUUGGAUCACUUUAUUUUUGGCCGUUAUUUCAGUCGAGCUGGCCGCAUGCCUGGUAUAUACGCGAGGUGGAUGGGCUGGACGAGAUUCCAUCGGCAUUGUUGAUCCCGGAGACAUCGAAGAGCUGUUCUUGUGGAUGUACAUCAGCGUUCCCUUCUACAUCAUCGGCACUUACGGGGCCAAAAUUGUUUGGGUUUUGCUCUACAUGCGAAUGUGGGAAUUCAACACGGCUUUCCGUAAGCUAUGCUGGGCGACCAUCUUCGUUCUGACUGUGUGCUCAAUUUCCUUCACGGUUGGCGCCAUCAUCGUGUACUGGCCAUACCAUUAUUACAUCGGAGACUCACCUACCGUUCGCCGAUUUCACCUUGGUAUUGACUUAAUACCCGUGGUAUUCAGCGUGGCAGCGAUUAAUAUUGCUUCGGACUUUUUCGUGUUGCUGCUGCCAAUCCCGAAGCUUAUGUCUUUGACAGGCGUUUCGGUACAGCGAAAAGCUGGGAUAUGUGCUGUCUUCGGCUUGGGCUUCAUUGUCACAGCGUGCAGCAUUGUUCGACUACGAUAUAUCGUGCCACUGCGGAAUACAACAAAUCCGACGUGGGACUUUGGACUCUUUGGAACUUUUUCCGUAGUCGAAGUUCAUCUGGGCAUGGUCUCCUGCAACCUGCCAGCACUAGCAGGCUUAGUGAACAGGAUGAGGACGCAUCGUCGAGCCAAGCGGCAUAUCGACCAAAGUGGCACUUCCGGCAACUCAAGUUCCACUGGUAGUGCGCCACGAAAGACGCCAAAGCUGACUACUUGGGUAGCGACGAACACGAGUGUCUCGACAGCAGAACAAAGCGACUAUGACUAUGAACAUGAGCUGGCCGCGCCACAGGCGACCGAAGCGAAACCUUCAGGAUGA